AUAAAUGUCAAGCUUCAGUUGAAUUUCAAACUGAAGUCAAGCAACAAAACAAAUUCCAAAUUUUAGCAAUAGCAACCAAAAAACACGGCACCAUUUGGAGAUACAUCACAGACAACCGACGCAUCAUGAAGAUCCUUUUGCAAGCGGACACUCAUGUGUCCUGCGCCGUGCCCGAAGAUGCGCCCAAGGCGAUUUGGAACUUUCGUCAGCUCUUGGCUACACUAAGCGUUUCUAUGGGCUCUCUAGUGAUUGGCUUUACCGCUGCCUAUACAUCUCCUGCUUUGGUUUCCAUGACCAAUCCAAAAAUCACCGACUUUACGGUCACCACACAAGAUGCUUCCUGGGUUGGUGGCAUCAUGCCUUUGGCUGGUUUGGCCGGUGGCAUUGUCGGUGGACCCCUCAUCAUGUAUCUGGGCAGACGCAACACCAUCCUGGCCACCGCCUUGCCCUUCAUCAUCGGCUGGUUACUGGUCGCCACUGCUGUGAACAUAAUCAUGGUUCUGGUGGGUCGUUUCUUGGCCGGAUUCUGUGUGGGCAUUCUCUCGCUCGCGUUUCCUGUUUACCUCGGUGAGGCCUUACAGCCGGAGGUGCGUGGCACUCUGGGACUUUUUCCCACUGCUUUUGGUAACAUGGGCAUCCUGUUGUGCUACGUGGCGGGCACUUAUUUAAAUUGGUCACCGCUGGCCUACCUGGGAGCUGCUUUGCCAGUGCCAUUCAUGAUCCUGAUGAUUUUCACACCGGAGACGCCGCGUUGGUACGUGAGUCGCGGCAAGGAGGAGCGAGCCAGGAAGGCUUUAAGCUGGCUGCGUGGCAAAAAGGUGGAUGUGGAGGAGGAACUGAAGGCCCUGGUGCUCUUUCAGCAGGAAGCUGACAGUCAGGCCGCGAAGAACGGCUUUCUGGAACUGUUUAAGAGGGACAACCUGAAGGCGGUGGCCAUUUCCUUGGGUUUGAUGUUAUUCCAGCAGAUGAGUGGCAUCAAUGCGGUGAUCUAUUACACGGUGAGGAUUUUCGAGGAUGCAGGCUCCACCAUUGAUAGCAAUCUUUCCACAAUUAUUGUGGGGUUGGUGAACUUUAUUGCCACGCUAGCGGCCACGGUGCUGGUUGAUCGAGUGGGCAGAAAGAUCCUUUUGUAUGUUUCCGACAUAGCCAUGGUCUUGACCCUGUUCGUCUUGGGCGGUUUCUUUUACGCCAAAGCCCAUGACAAGGAUGUGAGCUCCUUGGGCUGGAUGCCCUUGACCUGCUUUGUCAUCUAUAUCAUGGGCUUUUCGCUGGGCUUUGGCCCGAUACCUUGGUUGAUGAUGGGCGAAAUAUUGCCGGCUAAAGUCCGUGGACAGGCAGCUUCGUUGGUCACGGCCUUCAACUGGUUUUGCACCUUUGUGGUGACCAAGAGCUUCCAGGACAUGAUUGAUUUGAUAGGCACCCAUGGUGCCUUCUGGCUUUUCAUGGCCAUCUUGGUGAUCGGCCUGCUCUUUGUGAUAUUCUUUGUGCCGGAGACGCGGGGCAAGACCCUGGAGGAUAUUGAAAGGAAAAUGAUGCGCCGCUUGCCCGCGGUGGUCAACCUAAAGCCAUUGUCCUUCAACAUGUAAAUUGCAAGGGAUACUCAAUUUUUUUCGGCUUUAUUUUGCUCACAGCAGAAUGUCAGCAGUGAGAUAAGUGAGUUUCAUUCCGAAUCUCUCGGAGAUAUGUAUUCGAGUCGAAGUAUAUUUAUAUAUAUAUUUAUAUAUAAAUAUACUGAACAUAAAUAUAUAUAUAUAAGUAUAUAUAUAAUAUAGGUUCGAUUCCUUAUCGAUCAGCUGUCAUUAUGUGAGUUCAAAAUUUUCUGUGACGGAAAUUAGUAGUUUUAAAAACCUUUUAUAAACUCUAGACAUUUAAGAGCAAAUUUUAAGUUUAUAAAAUUUCAGUAAAUAAAAUAUUUUGUAGUACUGAA